AUGUCAUAUUGGCAACCAUCCAGGUUGGGAAUUUUCUUGGACACGUCUUGCGACAAUGGCCUUUUCUUUUUUAAUUAUACCAAUGACCUGUUCAACGCUAGCUACUCUUGGAUCGUAUGGUCCGAGGAGGAGAACUUCACUAUAUUCGAGGAUACCAGGCUGUCAGCCGACAGCGAUGUGAAGGUGGUGAAACCGGGGCUGGAGAUCUUUGAUAUUCACAGGAUCCACAUCUCCAGCGAGUUGAGGACCCAACUGGUGGCUGCCUGGAACAUGACGGAUGGAUUGGUCCAGAUAAACCCUUCCAUGGAUAGGAGGGACUUCGGCGGCUUCACAUUCACAGCAUCCAUCAUGAUGAUUGAUAUUAAGUUCAAUGAAAGCAACCUUCUAGAACCACUCUUAGACAAGACGUAUGAACCCGGAAAAGACAUGGUACGUAGAUAUGGUCUAGCAGUAUUCUUACAUGUCGCAGAACUAUAUAAUUUCACAUAUAAUUAUAUCCUUACUAACGCUUGGGGUGACCCACAACCUGAUGGGUCCUGGACAGGGAUGGUGGGCCAGGUAGCGAGAGGAGAAGCAGAGUUCGGACUGGCCCCAGCCAAAUACGUCGUACAGAGAUUCGAUGUCAUCGAUUUCAUAAAUUCUAUGCAUAUCGUGAAAUGCUGCUUCACAUUCUUACAGCCGAAACUCUUUGGUUCUGCUAAAGCUCUCGUUUUGCCGCUAGAUGAAAUAGUGUGGGUGUGCCUCGCUGUGUUAGGCGUACUGUCUAUCAUAGUUUUCAGAAUCUUGGCUAAGUAUGACAACACUGGUCUCAGCAACGAUAGCUGGGGAGGGAGCGCUCUUCUGGUUGUGGGCGCUAUAAGCCAACAAGGAAUCCCAGAUAAUACAGAAAAGAUUUCAACAAGAAUAGUCUAUAUAUUCCUGCUCAUUGUAUCCUUCUUCGUAGCAGUUUACUAUAAUACAGCAAUUUUGAAUGGUCUCUUGCUACCAGCCCCAAAUGCAAUUCAGGACAUAGAGCAGUUGCUAAAAAGUGAUAUCAAAUUGGGCAUGUUGGACAUACCUUACCUUCGUAAUGAAUUGAUACAGAAUGAUAAUAUGACAAUAAGAGUAAGAGAAAAAAUAGCAAAAGCAAAGCCCAAACAAAUCUUCUACACUGUACCAGAUGGAGUUAGAAUGAUAAAGAAAGGAAAAUUUGCUUUAUUCACUGAAGAUGAAGCAAUUUAUACAGAAAUACUGCACCAGAUGACUGAUGCAGAAGUUUGUUCAGUGUCUGAAGUGCUGAAAUACAACCCUUUUCACGUAGGUGCAGUUGCAAAGAAAAAUUCUCCAUACAAAGAGUUGUUUAACAGAGCAUUUGCAGUAAUGAGGGAAAGAGGGAUUCUUAAGCGACAAUUGGAGCAUUGGUUGGUCAAAAAACCAGAAUGUAACUGGAAGCAAGAUGCCUUAAGUCUCAGCAUGGAACCACUGGCAUUAGCAUAUGCACUUUUCAGUUUUGGAGCUAUUUUUUCAUUAUUCAUUCUAGGUUUUGAAAUUAUUCAUAGCAAAAAAAAAUGCUGA